AUGGCGUAUCAACCUCCCCACCGCCGGACGGCGACCGGGAAUGGGAGUAUCCCGGCCCCCGUACCCUCUCACAGGGGAUCCACGGGCGGCAUUGCGUUCAGCAGCAAAGACAUGCCCGGUAACGGCAACAACAACACAACUGUCUCCCCGGAACCCGCGCCGACACCGUCCCCGGCCCCACCGGCUGCAUCCUCGCCCAGGCGGGACUGGUCACUGCCCACACAGCCUCUUCGGCCGCGCCCACAGCCGCCGGCGCGGUACUCGUCCUUCCCCACUGUCGCCGGUGGGUCCGAUAGGGACACCAUGCUGUCUGCUCGGCGGGGAUCCCCACUGGCCAGCCCCAACUCGGACCUGCGCCCGACCCAACGUAUGUUCUCGCCUGCUCCCUCUGAGAUGGAGUUGCUAGCCAGUGUGUCGAGGAGCGGCGGGGACGGUGCCGAGGGCGACGCGUUGAAGGAUUACGCGACCCAAGAGCGGUUCAGGCGGUACAUUGACGAAAAGAUCCACGAGUACCACAAAGACGCCAGCGAUGCGGAUACGGGCAACCUGCAGAACGUCGUGCGGCUGUUUAGAAAGCUGAGAGAAGGGGUGGUCGCGUCUGGGAGGCUGGACGCGUUUGCCAUUGAAGCGUUUGAGACGUCGGUCCGCUAUGCGGUUCUCGCGAAAGAUGCCUCGCAGCUCCUCUCCGUCCUCAGUGCGCUCGUUCCUGACCUCUAUCUCGCAGUAGACGAGGCCAAGAGGGAACGCGCUAGCAGAGGUGUGGAGGAGCGCUGCGCUAAGCGCAUCGCACUUCUCAAAGAAUUGCAUCAGCAAGCCAACGGACACUCGCAUUCGUCCCAUUCGCAUUCGCACUCACACUCGCACUCGCAUUCGUACUCGCCGACCUCGAGCAUCACCUCCCCCUCCCUCUACUCGCCCAGCAGCCUCGGCGACCCGCCCACGCCCUCGCCCUCCAUCCCCGGAUCCCCCCAGAUCGACCUCCUCGAUGCCGCAGGACGGGACUUUGACCACCCGCAUUUCCUCGACAACGUCGUGGGGAUCAACGCAGACGACAACCGCGCCCACUUUGUCUCCCUCCUGCUCAUCUACCACCUGGUCCACUCGCCGCGCGAAGUGUUCAACGCGACAUACACGCAGCUGGCCCUACCGCAGAACCCGCUCCUGCGUCCCCGGCCGCUCCGGUGCGAGGGGUGCACGCUGCUGCCGACCCCGGCGCCGGUCCCCGUCAAGGCGCCGCCGCCGUUCGUGUGUCCGCAAAACCUCGUGUUUGUGACCGCGGCGGCGCGCGCGCUCGCGCCCGAGACGUUUGACCCGCUCCUCUUUGGCCGCAUGGUGCGCAACAUCAACCUCCACCCGGAACGCCCGCACGACCACCCGCAGGCGCUCGAGCGCGCCCUCCUGGCGUGGGCCAGUCCGCGCGUCCGCCAGGAGGCGGCGGACAGGCUCAAGAAGGGAUACAUGUCCGCCGGGGCCGAGUGGGUGGGUAAAGUGUUAAACUUGGAUGGCGGGAACAGUGGCGUCACGCUGUGGGCCAUGGCCAACGGCGUGGCGAUAAGGGAUGGAAUGGUGAAGCUUCGGUAG